AUGACACAAAAUGGGCUGGGAUUGGCGGACGUGAUGUUGACAAGUACAGGAUUCACAAAUCGGGUGGAGCCAACACAAAGUGAUGUUUCCUUCAAGAUCGGGCAAACUUUAACGGACGCAAAUUCUCUUCAUCUACUCAAGCGAUACUUCACAAAGUACGCUGAAGAUACUGACAAAGUCGUCUUCUGCACCAAGAGCGGUGUUUCGAUCACCAACCGUUCGACCUUUCACAUAGCCUGUCAAGCGGAAGGGUUGAGAAAUUCUGUUGAUAAUGCGAACAAGAUCCUGGGCGGGGAAAAGUGCAUUGACGCCUUCGGGCCUGCUGAAGUGGACCCCAAAGUUCCUAUCGAGACCACUAGCGAAGUACUUGCGCAACUCCUCAAGGGCAAAACUGACGCUAUUCAAUUGUCCGAAGUUAGUGCUGACACAUUUCGGCGGUCGUCCAAUGUCCACAUGGUAGAUAUGGUGGAGGCUGACGUCUCGUUACGGGCAACGGAUUUCUUUUCGAACGGCAUCGCUGAGACUUGCGUUGGGCUCAGCAUCGUGAUUCUUGCUCACACGCUUUUGGGUUGGGGAACGCUGACUGGCAACUUUCAAAAGCUUGAAGACAUGCUAGCAAGUAACCACCACAAGCAUUUCCCCCGCUUCGAAGCCGAGUAUUUCCAGAAGAAUCUGCAACUUGUCGAGGAGUUGAAGAACCUCGCAGCAAAGAAAGGCUGCACUCCAGCCCAGCUGGCGCUUUCCUGUAUCAAAUCUCAUAAUGGCAAGCCCAGUAUGCCAUGCAUUCUCCCCACCGCUGGUGCCAGAUCCGAGGUGAGGGUUCGUGAGAAUUGCGAGGCGGUGGAGCUUCGGCGGGCGAAUUGAGGGCGAUCAAAUCGAUUCUGGACAGUUUCCUAGUCGUGGGAGCCGGAUAUCCAGAGAGAACGAGUAAGCUUCGCAGAGUAUUGAGCUCAUAUUCUUGCUGGUAUGGGCACGUCU